AUGUCAGGGACUGAUAAUGCAGAGCAGCACUUCCACCUGUUCGAACCGCUCUACAAAGUUGUGGAGGACAUGCCUCGACCGCCAGGCUUUCCCCUGAAGAAGGUGCCAGGCCGUGACUUGAAUUGCGCAGUGGACGUAGUUGAUACCAAUCAUUUCACGAGUGACUCGGAGAGCGAGGUCUUCUGCGAUGCAGUGGAAGAACUGGACCACGAGAAGCAGCAGAGUGAUUGCGAAUGUUCUCAAGAUUCUUCCGAUUCACAAGACAUUGGACACCCUCCAUUGGUCCACAGUGUCACAUUGAACACUUGUAGGCCAGCUGAGUACCAGCCUGCAGAUGAAGAAUUGCAUCAUUGCCAACCGUCGUGUAGCAGUAGCAAUGGGGAGCAUGCAUUAGUUACGGGAACUCGGAAGAAGAAAAAGAGAGUGUUUGCGAGCCCAUUCUUGGGACCUGAAGCGCUAGUCAAGGAAACUGGCUUGCAGCAGGUUGAAGGCGGGUGCUCACAAAGACUAAGAAAUGGUCUUGUCAGUAAUAUAGAGGACAACAAAAGAAGGAUACACAGAGAAAAAGGCACAAUCAACCUCGAUGACAAGAUUGGGAUGGUACUUCUUCACCUACAGGAAGAUAUGCAAAAUGUUUUACAGCGACUCAGACUGCUGGAGGACCUGACAGCAUCUCAGAUGGAAACAGCUGAGUUACAGCCUCCAUGCUUGAAAACAACUGGGCCUAAGGUGAAUAAUGUUUUGAAGAGAACUGCCCGAUGGCUGCUCAAUCCAUCCAGACGGACCUUGAUAUUUCUGGUUUUGUGGCCUUUUGUUGCUCAGUGGAUAGUCCAUGUGUUUCUUCGCAAGAGACGGAGCUGAGGAACUGUGGCUCUGGAUCAUGGCCAAAGCCACGCCUACAUGGUCUGACAGCUCCAAGUGGAACUAAAUACAAAACCCGGAAUUACUCAGCAAGGAAAGGAUUUGCAGACUCUUUCUAAUGUAGGUAAUACGUUGCGGUGGAACUGGACUCUCUCAUGUGUUUUGAGGAAUUUCCAGCUCGCUGUUUGGCUCAUUGAGACAGGCAUUAAGCCUAAGCAGCUGAAUUCUACGAAAUUCCCUCCACCACCACCCCCAACUCCAUCAUAUGCCUGCAAAGCUUUUGUCACAAAUACAAAAUAAACUAGCUCAACAAAGGUCGCUUUACUUCUUGUGGAGUGAAAACUUAUGCCUGUUUUUUGCUUUUUUUUUGUGUGUUAUAAUUUUUGUCAGGGCUCUUUGUGAAUAGAUUGAUGUCCUCUUGGAGAAUAUGAGAUUAUUUUAGGAGCAGAUUCAACACAAGAAGAUGUAGGUGGCAUUGUGGUAUUUUUUUGAAAGGAACUUUUGAGUUCUCACUCACAUACCAAGCCAAGAUGUCAAUAAAAUUAAGGAGGUUCUUGUGCUUACCCUCUGAUAUCACGUUCUGACAAACCAAAUUGUAGUGAUGGAAAGUUGUAUUAUUCCAGAGUCUAAUCCCCAUCUGGCUCAAAAAGUCCGAUCCUUUCCUGUUUCCAUUCCUUUAGUUUGAAUAAAAUAGAAUAAUGUUAUUAUGAAGACAAAUUCUAAGUAUGGGUUUCAUAGACGAGGUUUAUCUUCCCUCGAGGAUAAAAUUAACGGGUGGUCUAAUUAAGAUGGUUAAGGGAAUUGAUAAGAUAGAGAAAAAAAUUGGCAGCAGAUAUGAUUACCUAGCAGUAUUCAUUUGAGUGAUGCAUAAAUGACUACUCAGUGAAAUAUGAUCACAACUAUUUCUGGGUCAUUUCAUGUCACUCCAGCAAGUUAGCCAGGAAUUUCCUGGCUUGAAAAAGUGAUGCAUUUCCAUAACUGGGUGAGCAUCUCCUGACAUUAUUCUGUGUAAUGCUGUUUUUUGAUGUUGCUGAUAGAAAUUCAAUGAUGUUUUUUUCCCAAAACUCAUCUGUUAUUGUGGGGUUAUGUACAUAAUUUAUGUAAUAAUAUAUAGUUGAAUGUUAUGUACUUGGUAGUUGUUCUCCAAUACAACUGAGAUCAUGGUGCUUUUGGGUGCUUACCUUGUGUGACUGUUUUGAUCUUUGGCAGGCACCAUUUUCAUUGAUCACUAGAAGGACAGAGUGUGCAAACAUGCACUCAGCAGGCUUGAAGAACAUAAGUAAACCUCCUAAAGGACAAAACUAAGGCUUCACCUUUUUUGGAUGGUAGGAUGUAACAUAUCGACAAUAGGGCUCAAAGUCAGUCUUGAAUGAAGAUUUUUUUUCAAAAAGAAAAUACAAGGGGGAAAAGGAAAGUUUAACAAACCAUCUGCUUUCUAUAGAUAAAAGAAAGGAGAAUAGGUUCAAUUGCUGCAUUUGAGUCUCAAACCCAGACAAGAGAGGAAUAUCAUGAGAUACUGUAGCAUUUCUUUACUGCAAACAACAUCAAUGAGAAAAAUAAACCAAGGUCUGCCUUUACUAUUGUGGUGGAAGCCCCUGCACACGGUUUAAUGAAAAUCUUGCUGAGCACAGAGAAAUGUGGUAACAAAAAAAGAGGAAUUCAUGGAUUUGUUGAAGAAUCUCUAUAACCCAAAGCCAAGCAAAAUUGUGCAAAGAUUUAAGUUUUAUUCUAAUGAAACAGUGGCUGAAUUUGUAGCUGAAAUUGUCACAAGACUGUAUUUAAGGCAACACAUGCUCUUGGAUGCUAAAGUUCAGGUUAGUGUGCAGAACCAAUAAUGACUGGAUUCGGAGAUGAUCAUUAUCAGAGUGAAAUUAAACUUUGCAAACGCAGUGGAAUUAUCAAAUAAAAAAAAUGUGCAAGGCUUGCAAGUGAGACCAGGUGUUCCAUGUAACAACAGGGAUUGGGCACAAACCCCAAAGCAAAUUGUUCUGAAGCAACUUGAAUAUUUUAAAAUGGUAAAUAAAAGCUGUUACUACUAUGGAGAAGAUGUAUGCUAUCUGAAUGCUGGUUCAGGCAAGAAAAGGGUCACCUUUGUGUUUUAAAAAGCCAUUUGCCACAAGUUGAGCAAACAAAAUGAAAGUAAGAAAUUAAAAAUGAUGCUCAAAAUUUCCAAAGGUUCCACCAUUCUCACAGCAUGAAGGAAGUGAAGACUGUAAUACAGAUGUAUUUACAAUAUUUAAUGAAAAAGGGGCAUUUAACAAAUGCAGAACCACGGACCGUUAUCAUGGAAGGGAAUGAAAGAGACAUUUGAGCUUUACACUGGGUGGAUUGUUACACUGAUGAACCAGACUAAAUGAGCAACUGGGUGGCCAGAGAACAUAACAUCUAAACGUAAACAGGCACAGGUAAUUCUGAAUAUACAAGUGAAAGCAUUGAAGUAGUUGGAGCUCCUGACUUGACAGCCAAAUACCAAGGACAAGUUAAAACAUCACCACAAGUACUUGUUACAGACUCGGGACUGAACCUGUUGGGAAGAGGUUGGUUGAAUGAAAUUGCCCUGGAUUGGAAGAGUAAUCAUGUGUGUGGCUGUAACAUUACAGAAAGGGCUAGGGAGAUGCAGACAGCUUUUCAAAGGUGAGCUAGGCACAUUGAAGAGUACCCAAGCCAAAACCCGUGUUGAUCCUGCCUCUCCACCACCACCAACCAGCCAAGGGCAGUGCCUGAAGCAAUGAAGCCAAAAUUGGAGGCAGAAAUUGACAGGCUUCUCAGAGAGAAAAUAACUGAACUGUUGAGUACACUAAGUGGGCAACACCCAUUGUGUCAGUGUUAAAGCACAGUGGAUCCAUCAGGAACUGUGGAGAUUACAAGUUGACCAUAAAUCAAGUCCUGAUCCUGGAAUAGAAAAAUUACUUUCAGUUUUGCCCACAGGGCAGCAGUUCAGUUCACUAAAUUGGAUAUGAGUCAUGCAUAUCAACAGAUAAUGUUACAGAAGCAGUCUAAGAAGAUUUUGACUGUCAUCACGCACAAGGACUCGUUCACAAAUAGCUGACUACCCGACGGAGUUUUCUUUGCAAUUAUUAUCUUUAAAAGAACCAUGGAGAGAGUGCAAGUGUUGCUGUAUGCUUGAAUGAUAUUCUGAGAGGGGGGCCUCAAGAGAUGAACAACUGCAGAAUCUGGUAGAAGUGUUGACCAGAUUGGAAAAGGCAGGACUGUGUCCAAAGAUAAGUAGGUGUGCUUUCUUGAUGAAUGAAGCACUGUAUAUGGGACACUGUGUGGACACUAAAGUACUAUAUUCAGUUCAAGAGAACAUCCAAGCUAUUACCUAUGUUCUUGCCCCAAUUAAUGCAGCUGAGCUGAAGGUAUAUCUGGAAUUGUUGAAUUAUUAUAAUACAUUUUUGUCAUAUCUAGCAAUUGCUGCAAAAGGAUGUGAAGUGAAGAUAGACUGAAGCUCAAGAAAAGUCUUCUGUGCAUUCCAGUUUGCUACUCAACAGCCAGAGAGUUUAUCUUAUCUUGUCACUUGUCACCACAGUGUUGGUGUUGUGUUAUCUCAUCAGAUGGAAGAUGGUUCUGAAAACCUGGGAGGUUUUUGUGUCUUCAGUGUUUCAGCAGCAGAGAAAAGAUACUCGUAGCUGGAUAAAGAAGGUUUAGCCAUCAUGUCUGGACUGCACUAGUACCAUAAGAACGUGUAUGGAUAUCAUUUCACCAUUUACACAGAUCACAAACCCCUAAUUUUCCUUUUCCAUGAAAUAAACCCAGUUCAUCAAGUUGUUUCCCCAUGAAUUCAAAAAUAGGCCUUUAACCUUGAGAACAUGUGAAUAUACCAUUGCUUUCAAAGCAACAAAAUACUAUGGAAACAUGGUCGUCUUCUGGUGUCAGAGACAACUAUUUUUGAAGGAAUUUGGGUCCAAGUGCAAGCUAUGGAUCACACGCUGCCUGUGAGUACUGUACAAGUAAAACAAUGAGCAGCCUUAAGUGGAGAUCAUGCACUUGACCAGAGUGAGGCGAUAUUUGAAAUGUUCUGUUAAAUAAUGUUGAAUUAGCUUGUGAUGGAUGGGAGGAUGUAAUAAUGUAUAUUAUGUAUUAAUAUAUAUAAUCGAUCGUUGGCAGAUGCCAUUUUGAUUGCUGAAAGGGCUAUUUCUAGAAAUGUAUUCAGCAGGCUUGAAGAAAAUAAAUUUAAC